GUUCUUGAGAAAAUCCAGUCUGUGUAAGUUGUUUUUAAGACAGUACACGUCCGACGGACGCUCGCAGUAGCAACCUGAAGAUUACUAACAGUUUUCUACCGUGUACUAAACUUGUCUUGCGAAAAACACUAACACAGUGGCCAACAAUCAACAUGAACUGUCUGUCAAUAGUUUUGGUUAUUGCAUUUGUUAGUUACUCACUGGGUGCACCGGAAAACAUUGAAUCACAGAGUGGAGAAAAUCAUGGCUUAGGAUACAGUAGCGAUCAAGGACUUGAUGACGAAUAUGAAGACGGAAAUGUAAACGGUGAUCCAUCCACAUCCGAUCCCAGCCCAAUAACCAAUUUCGGUGGCUACAGAAAAAUAAAAGGAAAAAAACGGGUGUUCAAGCCUAAAUUUCCACGCAGACAAUCUCGUCAGGAAAUAUGUGCUGCAACGUGUGUGGGAGAUUGUGUUUCAGGAUGGGAAACUAGUGCAUGUCUCAAGUGUAUGGGUAGCUGUCUAGUAAAAUAAUGUGAUUUGAUAUAAUUAAAUUGUAAAAUGUAUGGACAUUUUUUUUUAAUACAAUUUUUGUGAAUUAAUUUGUAUACGUAGAAUGCAAUUUUGUAUUAAAUGUAUGCAAUUUUAAGCUAUUUGAUUGUAGAAAUCAUGAUAACUUGACCAUAGAACCUUGUACAGAAAUUUAUGCAGACUUAAUAAAUUUUUGUUAAUGUAA